AUGGGUGACAACUCCGAAAAAAGGUCAACCGACACAGGCAUGCCUUCAAAGCCAAAAUGGGAAAAUCCCAACCAUCCUCUCUACCUUCAUCAUGCGGACCAACCGGGCUUAAUCCUUGUCCCGCAACCUUUGGUAGAAGAUAACUACAGCACAUGGGUUCAGUCCAUGACCAUGGCCUUAACGGUCAAAAACAAGAUUGGCUUCGUUGAUAAGUCGAUCAAAGCACCAAGUGGGGAUGAACCUGAUGAAUUGCAGCAAUGGAAGCGCUGCAACAACUUAGUCAAGACAUGGCUAUUGGGGUCAAUGUCGAAGGAAAUUGCUGGCAGCGUCAUUCACUGCAAAGAUGCGUGCCAGAUGUGGCUUGAUCUCCAAGAGCGAUUCUCUCAUGUGAAUACCGUUCAGCUUUUCCAUAUCGAGAAUGAAAUCCAUGACUGCAUACAAGGCAGCAUGACCGUGAGUUCCUAUUUUACUAAACUUAAGAGCCUUUGGGAUGAAAGGGAUGCGUUGUGCUCAAUUCCUGCGUGUAGCUGUGGAACAACCAAGGAGAUUGCUUCAUACAUAGAGACUCAGAAAACAAUGAAAUUUCUCAUGGGUCUGAACGAAUCAUAUGCCACUGUUCGUGGUAACACGCUUCUAUUGGAACCAUUGCCCACAGUAAACAAAGCAUAUUCGCUGGUCCUUCGACAUGAGAGGCAGGCAGAGGUUUCUAAUGGGAAAGCUUCUGUCCAACCAGAAGCAGCUGUUUUUGCCGUAAAGAACUCGAGUCGUGAGUCUGAAUCCGAAGAGAGGGGCCUUCGGUGUGCAAAGUGUAACAGGACGAAUCACAGCACCAAGAAUUGCCGUGCUCAUCUCAAGUGCACCUUUUGUGGCUGGAAAGGUCACACAUUUGAUUACUGCCGUAAGAGAGCAGCAUCAUUAGAGGCUGAACAAGGUAGUCUCUCAAAGGGCAACCAGGUUGCAUCAUAUGCAUCUGACGCGAAGGGGACGGUGUCCAAUUUCCCUUUUUUCACAGGAGGAAUGUAA